AUGUAUUUGGACGGAAUCUGCUGGAAGGUGCUACUGUAUCCGUGGUUGGUGAAGCUGGCACACUGGAAAGGCAUAUGCUUUGACCACUUCAAGACGACCACGCCGUUUCCGUUCAUUACGUUGCCACCCAACUAUACGUUCCCAUCUUCCACGGUGUCCUCUCCGAUUCCUUUCACUCCCCUGACCAGCCCUAUGUUAACGUUCAGUACGGGUCCAUCAACGGGUCAAACAACUGUUACCUCAACCACAUUCCCAACGGCAUCACCAACGGUGUCUCUAACCUUUUCCUCCACGAUCAGCACCCAAACCGUUCCAAUUUCAACAAUAACAUCUACCACAACCCAGCUGCCUACUUUCACAGUACCCGGUGGUACUACUUUCCCAACGUCAACCGAUACAAACCCUACCCUCACGUCUACAUCCCUAUUUCCUACGGUUACGUUUACUAACCCUACUCAAGGACCCACUACCGGCACUAUUCCAGGUGCUAUCUUAACCUCUACCCUUAGCCCCAUUACUCCUUUGACAGGAAUAUCUCCCCUGCCCACAUUCCCAUCGUUCCUUACGACGAUUAAUCCUCCCCCACUAACUAGCACAAUUCCGACUACCAUUUCCUGUCCUAUCAUUCCCCAAACGUGUCCUCCGUCCCUGCUAACGUCCACUCCGUUCGGUGGGUCCAACCCAGUGCCCGGUAUAGAUCCAAGACAAGUCUUUAACGGGUGUCCGUGUAUCGAUCCGAGAUUUAUUCUAGCUACUACCGCAAGCGGUUGA